AUGUCCGUAAUGGCAGGACCAAUUCCACCAAAGGUCUUUCUCGCUCCCGACCCCCCUCCUCCUCCAGAGACGCCAUCCUACGAAUACGAAGAAUUCCGGAACACAGACGUUCCCAUCGUGAUAGACAAUGGGUCCAGCCAUUUAAGAGCUGGUUGGGCGUCGGAUACGGAGCCGCGAUUGCAGUUCGAGAAUAUAAUAGCGAAGUACAGAGGGAGCAAGUCGGCGAAGGCGGACUCCGGUAUCCUAGUAGGAAACGAUGUCGUCAUAGCGGCUCAGCGUGCGAGUAGCAAAACGGCCUUCGAGAACGGUGUUGUAGCCAAUCCAAACACUUUGGAACAAACCCUAGAUUACGUGUUUAUGAAACUGGGAAUCGAUACGGACUCGGUACGCCAUCCGGUGUUGAUGACGGAAACGCUGUGCAACCCGGUUCAUAGUCGGCGAUGCGUUUCAGAACUUCUAUUCGAAUGCUACAAUGUCCCAGCGGUGUCCUACGGCAUCGACUCGCUUUUCAGCUACUACGCGAACACGGGAUCGAUGGACGCGGGUAUGGUGGUCUCAUCGAGCCACCACGGAACGAGUGUGAUACCGAUUCUUGAAGGGAAGGGGGUUGUGGAGCACUGCAAACGAUUGUCCUACGGAGGACAGGACUUCCCCGGGUACAUGCUGCAGCUACUGCAGUAUAAGUACUCAGCGUUUCCGCAUCGUGUAUCGCCUGAGCAAUGCCAGGACCUCGUGCACGAACAUGCCUACGUAUCACUCGAUUAUGCUUCGGACCUGAAAGCCUUGAGUUAUCCUGAAACCCUCAAUGCGCAAACCCGCAUCGUGCAGUUUCCGUUUCAAGCAAAGAGACCAGAGCUUGGCGCGGAAGAAGCCGAGCUGUUGACGCAGAAACGAAGGGAGCAGGGCCAUAGACUGCAGGAGCAGGCUGCGAGGAUGCGCGAGGAGAAGCUGAAGGAGAAAGAGGAGUAUCUUGGCGACUUGAAACAAUUGAUGGAAUCGAAGUUGACCGAGACCGGUUCAGAGUUCAGGAGACGCAUGCACGAUGCCGGCUUCCAUUCGGAGGCAGAACUACAAUCCGAGACGAAAAAGAUCGAGACCGCAAUCAGAAAGUCGCGAAACCGCAUGCUGGGGAUCGAAGAGCCAGAAGAGAAGGUUGUCCCAACCUUUCCACUCCUCGGCGUACCAGACGACGAUUUGACCCCCGAUCAGAAAAGGGAAAAGAAGAAACAGCGUCUCCUCAAAGCCGGAUGGGACGCACGUGAACGUGUGCGGAUAGCGAAGGAAGAAGAAAUAGCGAAAGAAGCCGAAGACCUGCGAUUGGAUGAAGAACGACGGGUGCAAAAUCCCCAAGGGUGGCUUGAGGACCGUCGAAACGCGAGACAGGCGUUACUGGCACGGAUGCGAGAGCGGCGACGACGGAAAGCGAAACUGAACGACCGACGUAGCCGGGAGUCGAAACUGCGAAUGCGCACGCUAGCGUCCUUGGCGGCGGAAGAUACGCCGAGUAAGAGUCGACGCGCGGGGAACAGCGAGGACACCUUCGGCGCCGAUGACGAUGAUUGGGGCGUGUACCGCUCGAUUAGCAAGGAAGAUGACUCGGAUGAAGACGGUGACGUCGCGCAAUUGACUAAACUUGACGAGCUACUACUCCAACAUGACCCGGAUUUCGUGGAAGAGGAUCCGUUCGAGGACGGUAGACCGUUCAGCGAGUCGAUUAUGUACCGGUUAACUCACGGCACGCAUCCGGUCGAUCUUACUGAACCGGCGAUCCAGAACCAGAUUCACCUCAAUGUGGAGCGGAUAAGGGUGCCGGAGGUAUUGUUUCAGCCGUCGAUUGUGGGGCUUGAUCAAGCGGGGAUUGUUGAGAUUUGUGAUGAGGUGCUGAAAAGGUUUACGGCUGCACAGCGACAGAGCAUGAUGCAGAACGUAAUAGUAACCGGCGGGAACGCCCUCCUCCCCAACCUUACGGAACGCAUCGAAGCCGAGCUCCGCGCCCUACAACCCUUCGGAUCCACCAUCAACGUCCGUCGCGCAGCCAAUCCGUUGCUCGAUGCCUGGAAGGGCGCCGCGCAGUGGGCCCGUGCCGACACCUUCCGGGCGAGUGCGGUGGCGCGGGCGGUGUAUGAUGAGAUGGGGCAUGAUUACAUUGUUGAGCAUGCAUUUAGUAAUAGGUUUUGGCAGAGUGGGGUUUGA